GAAGGGUAGCUUCCUUGUGUGAGAGUCUUUUUAUUUCCCGAGUGACGUUUUUGCGCAGAAAGAAGAGUGCGAAAGAAAGCUGAUCCUUUUAUAUAAACGCUGGGCGGCCCGAUAGCGUGAUCGUUUCGAAAUGGCAGCAGAAGAGGGACAAGUGAUUGGUGUGCACACUGUGGAGGCCUGGAGCGAGCAGCUCCAGAAGGGCAAUGACUCCAACAAACUGAUAGUGGUUGAUUUCACCGCGUCCUGGUGCGGACCAUGCCGCUUCAUUGCACCGUUCCUGGCAGAGCUUGCCAAGAAAUUGCCGGAUGUCAAAUUUCUCAAAGUGGAUGUUGAUGAACUGAAGUCUGUAGCUCAAGACUGGGCUGUGGAGGCAAUGCCAACUUUCAUGUUUCUGAAAGAGGGGAAGAUUGUGGACAAGGUGGUGGGAGCAAAGAAAGAAGAACUGCAGCAGACCAUUGCAAAGCACGUGGCUACAGCACAAGCCUCCUAAUUACGCUAUGAAAAACUCUAUUCAUAAGUUUCAUACACCAUACCAUCUUUUUUGUAAUUUUUGUAAUUUUUUUAUCUUAUCGAAUAAAACCAAAAAAAAAUUAAAGAAAACUUAAAAAAAAAAAAAUUAUGGUGUGUGGGGCUUAUGAAUAGUAAUGCUCGAAUAACAUACUUGAGGCGUUUUUAGUACUUGCAGUAAAAAAAAUGCACUUAAAGCUGGUUGUGGUUUAAUUGUUAUAUUUUAUUUUAUACUUGAACCUCUAUUUUGUCAAUUUCUUUAAAAGUUUCUAUUUGUUAAUAUAGCUUACCUAAAUAUUUAGGAUCAAGUUAUUUUGUC